AUGUACUUGACGUCGUCACAGAGAGCUGCCUCCAGGAGCAGGAGGAGCAGGAGGAGCAGGAGGAGCUUCAUCUCCAUCUGGUCAGGGCUCUGCAGGAGACACAAGCUGUUGAGAACUAAUUCUACAGGAGCAGGAGGAGGAGCAGGAGGAGCAGGAGACACUCUGUUUAGAGCUGACUCAACAGGAGGAGCAGGAGGAGGAGCAGGAGACACUCUGUUUAGAGCUGACUACAGGAGGAGCAGGAGGAGCAGCAGGAGGAGCAGGAGACACUCUGAGGAGCAGGAGGAGCAGGAGGAGGAGCAGGAGCAGGAGACACUCUGUUUAGAGCUGACUACAGGAGGAGCAGGAGGAGGAGCAGGAGACACUCUGUUUAGAGCUGACUACAGGAGGAGCAGGAGGAGGAGCAGGAGACACUCUGAGGAGCAAGAGGAGCAGGAGGAGGAGCAGGAGACACUCUGUUUAGAGCUGACUACAGGAGGAGCAAGAGGAGCAGGAGGAGGAGCAGGAGACACUCUGUUUAGAGCUGACUCUACAGGAGGAGCAGGAGGAGGAGCAGGAGACACUCUGUUUAGAGCUGACUACAGGAGGAGCAGGAGACACUCUGAGGAGCAGGAGGAGCAGGAGGAGGAGCAGGAGGAGGAGCAGGAGGAGCAGGAGGAGGAGCAGGAGGAGCAGGAGGAGGAGGAGGAGCAGGAGACACUCUGUUUAGAGCUGACUCUACAGGUGGAGCAGGAGGAGGAGCAGGAGGAGCAGGAGGAGGAGCAGGAGACACUCUGUUUAGAGCUGACUACAGGAGGAGCAAGAGGAGCAGGAGGAGGAGCAGGAGACACUCUGUUUAGAGCUGACUACAGGAGGAGCAAGAGGAGCAGGAGGAGGAGCAGGAGACACUCUGAGGAGCAGGAGGAGCAGGAGGAGGAGCAGGAGGAGGAGCAGGAGGAGCAGGAGGAGGAGCAGGAGGAGCAGGAGGAGGAGCAGGAGGAGGAGCAGGAGGAGCAGGAGGAGCAGGAGGAGGAGCAGGAGACACUCUGUUUAGAGCUGACUCUACAGGUGGAGCAGGAGGAGGAGCAGGAGGAGCAGGAGGAGGAGCAGGAGACACUCUGUUUAGAGCUGACUACAGGAGGAGAGGAGCAGGAGGAGCAGGAGGAACAGGAGGAGGAGCAGGAGGAGCAGGAGACACUCUGUUUAGAGCUGACUCUACAGGAGGAGCAGGAGACACUCUGUUUAGAGCUGACUCUACAGGAGGAGGAGGAGACACUCUGUUUAGAGCUGACUCUACAGGAGGAGCAGGAGACACUCUGUUUAGAGCUGACUCUACAGGAGGAGCAGGAGACACUCUUGUACCAUCGUCUGCAGUCUACCAUCGUCUGCAGUGUACCAUCGUCUGCAGUCUACCAUCGUCUGCAGUCUACCAUCGUCUGCAGUGUACCAUCGUCUGCAGUGUACCAUCGUCUGCAGUCUACCAUCGUCUGCAGUGUACCAUCGUCUGCAGUCUACCAUCGUCUGCAGUCUACCAUCGUCUGCAGUGUACCAUCGUCUGCAGUGUACCAUCGUCUGCAGUGUACCAUCGUCUGCAGUCUACCAUCGUCUGCAGUCUACCAUCGUCUGCAGUCUACCAUCGUCUGCAGUGUACCAUCGUCUGCAGUCUACCAUCGUCUGCAGUCUACCAUCGUCUGCAGUGUACCAUCGUCUGCAGUGUACCAUCGUCUGCAGUGUACCAUCGCCUGCAGUCUACCAUCGUCUGCAGUCUACCAUCGUCUGCAGUGUACCAUCGUCUGCAGUGUACCAUCGCCUGCAGUCUACCAUCGUCUGCAGUCUACCAUCGUCUGCAGUGUACCAUCGUCUGCAGUCUACCAUCGUCUGCAGUCUACCAUCGUCUGCAGUGUACCAUCGUCUGCAGUGUACAAUCGUCUGCAGUGUACCAUCGUCUGCAGUCUACCAUCGUCUGCCAGUGUACCAUCGUCUGCAGUCUACCAUCGUCUGCAGUGUACCAUCGUCUGCAGUGUACCAUCGUCUGCAGUGUACCAUCGUCUGCAGUGUACCAUCGGCAUUUUCGGACCAUUAAUGUAA